AUGUCGGUGGUACCUUUUCCACAUAACAUCCUCAGCAUCUUUAUCAUCCUCAGCAUCUUUAUCAUCUUCAGCAUCGUUAUCACCCUCAGCAUCUUUGUCAUCCUCAGCAUCGUUAUCGCCCUCAGCAUCUUUGUCAUCUUCAGCAUCUUUAUCACCCACCGCAUCUUUGUCAUCCUCAGCAUCUUUAUCGCCCUCAGCAUCUUUAUCAUCCUCACAUGUGCUCUCAUCUUUCUGUGGCAAGCUUUGCUUAUGCUCAUGCGGUUUAAAUCCCAUAGCAAACAACUUCUCUUUUUCCUUCUGGCUAAGAGAAUGACACUCUACAUUCUCUGCAGCAAUAUGGUCAUCAGUCAUCAAGCCGAUUACAGUGUCUUUUUUGCGCAUCUUGAGAAUGUGCAUUCCAUUUACAAGUACAUUCUCGGAAUAUUCCAAUUUCAUCUUGCUAAGCAUGGAGCGUUCCAAGAUAUCCAACUCUGGAACAUCACCGACACCGCGCAGAGCAUCAAGCGUAAACAGGCCAACUUGCAUACUCAAGCAUGUCGUUAUUAG